GACCGACGUACGACGGCAACAGCGCAAUUGUGCACCAGUCGAGGUAUUUCAAUAGAUCUGCCGUAAGAGGCAUAUUGUACGUGCACAAUAUGACAACGCUGAAAAUAGAAGACGUUGUUCGUAUUUAAAUUUCAAAGUGUUGAUUGGUAAACUAUCCUAACCUUAAUUUUUUCCAACAUAAUUUUCACAGCUGUUCGCAUCGUUGAUUUUAAAUCGGCUUAACACUCCGUAUUAUUGUUUGUGCCGUAUUUACGCAUUUUGUUCAUGGUGACGAAGUAUUAAAACUAACCAGGCCCCAGGAUCAGAGGUGAAGCGGUUACAGAUUUGAAGAAUUCAGUGCUGAAGAUCAUACCUGAUGUUAUCUCCACUUUUUGUUUAGCGGAGCAACAGGUGCUGUUCAGAAAUUUGAAUAUUGCAUGUGAUCUAACCAAGGCACACAUCUGAGGAAUAUGAUUUGGGGAUCAUGGCAUUGUGUUGGAGCGAAUUUGUGCUAAGGAGAGAGAAGCAAAUAUGGAAAAGUACACAUGCUCACCAGAAGCAUCCGAUGAUUACGAUUCCGAAGACACUGAUGUAAGUUUGUGUACGUUUUCCUCUUAUUCACACGAGUUAAAGGUAAAGGUGCGCUGUGUUGUUGCGUCAUUCCCACUUCUAAUGAAAUCGCUCAGGCGCGUUUCUGGAGUUCGCAAAAGUACAAGAAAGUUCAGGCUUACAAGGCGGUGCCGUUCUCUCCAAACUGUCACGAAAGUUUAAAAAAUAUGGACGACGCAAAAGUUGAAGAUCCUUCAUGCGAUCCAGAACGGCCGGUGAAAGUUAGUUUUGAAGAAAUCACAUCGGCAGCUUACAAAAUUCGCAGUGGAGUCAUGAACACGCCUUGUAUGAGAUCUCAUUUAUCUAGUCUGACCGGUAUGGAUAUCUACUUAAAGAAAGAUUUCCUGCAAAAUACUGGAAGUUUCAAAGAGCGAGGAGCUCGGUAUGCUAUGGUAAUGCUAACGCAAGAACAGAAACGCAAAGGAGUAGUAGCCGCCUCUCUGGGUAAUCACGCGCAAGCUGUCGCUUAUCAUGGCUUUUUGCUCGGCAUUCCGGUGACGGUCGUGAUGCCGAUCAUCGCUCCCAUCAUGAAAGUGCAGAAGUGCAGGGAGUACAACGCGAACGUGAUCAUGGAAGGCAAAAAUAUGUCGGAAGCGAAGAAACUCGCCAUUUCGCUCUCUACGAAGAACGGCUGGACGUACAUUAACGGAUAUGAUCAUCCUCAAAUAAUAGCUGGCCAAGGCACUGUAGGUUUGGAAAUCCUUGAACAAGUUGAGGACGUCGACGCGGUUGUGGUGCCAACUGGCGGAGGAGGAUUAUUGGCUGGUGUCGCAGUUGCUGUCAAAACGCUCAAUCCUGGUAUUAAAAUUAUUGGCGUGGAGUCAGAAAGAUGUGCGAGUUACGCGAACGCCAUCCAAAAUGGCAAACCGAUACCUACCGCGAUAGAAGGAACCUUAGCAGACGGUCUAGCCGUACCUAUGAUAGGAUACAAUGCAUGGGAAACAUCUAAAAAUCUCGUAGACAAAAUGGUGACAGUAAAAGAGGAAUGGAUCGCGGUGGCAAUUUUAAGGUUGAUAGAAAACGAAAAGUGCGUCGUUGAAGGAGCCGGUGCGUGCGGAUUGGCUGCGAUACUAGCAGGACAACUUGACGAAUUUAAAGGAAAACGAGUGGUUCUUCUGCUGACGGGGGGCAACAUGGACACGACCAUUCUCGGAAGGUGUUUGGAACGUGGCCUCGCAGCAGAUGGCAGAUUGGUGAAAUGCAAAGUGACCGUCAGCGACAGGCCAGGAGGUAUUUCGGAGUUGUGCAAACUGAUCGGUUCGAUCGGAGUUUCUAUAAAAGAUGUCAUCCAUGAGAGGGCGUGGGUAGCAUCGGACGUCUUUAGCGUCGAGGUCUCUCAUAGAGAAACGAUCCUCUCCAAUGGCAUUUGAUGAGAUAUUAGUUACAAUUUUGAUUAGACUGGCCCUGUCUAACAGUUGGAAGCUAAGAGAAUCGUUAAUGUUUACAUUGUUUUUGUAAAAAUUGAUUAAUGCUUGGGAAACAGUGUCUGGUAAAUUGUGAAAGUGGUAUGUGAGACCCGAGAUUACACUCAUAGCAUUGAAUUGAGGGAUCUGCUGUUGUCCCGCUACAAAAAAGUCCGAUUCGACAACAUUCCCUUCCAAGGCAACAUCACUUCUACUACUGGAGAAGAACAGGAUGAAGAUGAAUCAUAGAAAAGUCGUUAUUGCACUUAUCGCUUAUCACAAUUUGUAUUUUCUACUGUUAUCAUGUCAGAACGUUUAAUAAAUUAUUUUUUGUUUCGUUUGAUUUUUUCGGCACUAAAUUUAGCGGUUGUGAAAUUUGUUUUUCAUUUCUGGAUUCAAAGACUACGAUAAUUUUUAUAAACAACAAACUGUGC